CCAUCCUCUUCUCUUCCUACCAUCCUGCAAACACCCCACGCCUCGUCUUCCUUCCCGCUAACAGCCGCCGUCGCUGCCGUCGCCCUCAGCAUCGAAUUUGCUGCUCUACAUCGUUGUAGCUUCAUCACCUCUCGUGCUGCCAUCAUGCAAAUCGGGAUCGCAGAGUGAGUGCCUCUCGUGCCAUCCAUCCACUAGAAUGAAUCUCAGAGCCUGAAUGACACUAUGACUCUCUGUCUCUGCCCUUCCGCGUUCGGCUCGCUCAGCCACGGCGCUGCCAUUCAUGUCCUCUUCAUCCUCCUCACCGUCAUCGCUGUACGUGCCGUCGACAUUGGGCCGGACAAAGCCGGCGAGGUACUAGAUGCGCCUGAUACCAUCGUCGAAGCCUUUGUUCCUCGAGCUGCGCCCAGUGCUCAGAUUCCCUCGUCGCCCUUCUCCAUUGGCGGCGGCGGGACAGGCCAAGCCAUAGCACCCGAUGACUGGCAGGCGGGCAAUGUUGUAGAGGGAGCAGGGGCCGGGAGCAGCAAGGCUGCGCAGCCGAGUGCGGCGACAACGUCCGCAUCUGCGUGCCCUCCUCCGCCGGCAGCUACGACCAACACCAGCGGCAUCACUCCCCAGGAGGACCGCUACAUCAAGAUCGCCGGCAUUCUCGUCCCCGCCAUCGUAGCCAUCGGACUCGGCAUUGCAGGCAUGAUCGUCACCUUGCACGUCAAUGCUCCGCGCCGAGAGGAGGACAAUGACUACCAGUCCGCGAGAAUGUAGCUGGCGAACUUCUUGCGCAGACCAAGAUAACGCACUCGGAUCAGUCAAAAUUUGGCCCCGUCAGCAACAGACGCUGUCUCGGCCGCACGAGGACGCACAAACAACUCGCGGUCUCACUCGAUCAAGGAUAUGCUGGCGCACUGCUCGCCGUCCUUGGAUAUCUCUAUGCCCUAUGGCUGUCGGCC